AUGCAUUUGAACGUCCCCACCCUCCUGCUCUCCCUCCUUCCCCUUGCCACCGCAAAAUCUGCCUCCCAGCCCAUUUCCUCUCUCAGAUCCGGCGUCGCUCCCAAUCUCUCCCGCCGCCAGAUCCUCUCCAAAAGAGAUGUUGACCCUUCAACUCUCUACCCCGCCUAUAACCUCUCGGUUCCCAUCGAUCACUUUCAUAAUGAAUCUAUGUAUGAGCCUCACUCUUCUGGGAAGUUCAAUCUGCGCUACUUCUUCGACGCCACAUACUACAAACCGGGUGGGCCCGUCAUAGUGCUCGAAUCCGGCGAAGACGACGCCACAGACCGUCUCCCCUAUUUACAGAAAGGGAUCGCACAUCAGCUUGCUGAAGCGACGGGUGGCAUUGCCGUGGUGCUUGAGCAUCGCUAUUACGGGACUAGUUUCCCAACGCCAGAUUUGAGCACGGAGAACUUGAGGUUCUUGACGACGCAGCAGGCGCUGGCUGAUACAGCGUUUUUUGCAAGGAAUGUCGUAUUUGAGGGAUUGGAAGACCAGAAGCUUACAGCUCCCCAUACACCUUACAUUGCGUAUGGGGGCAGUUAUGCGGGGGCCUUUGUCGCUUUUCUGAGGAAGACGUAUCCGGAUACCUAUUACGGGGCAAUUUCAUCUUCUGGCGUGACCAAGGCAAUCUAUGACUUCUGGGAGUACUACGAGCCAGUACGGGAGUAUGGACCGCCUGACUGCAUUCUGGCUACACAGAAGCUUACGAAUAUUGUCGACAAUAUAUUACUUGGGAAGAAUAACACCAGAGGACUGAUCAAGGAGCUCAAGACGUCCUUCGGCCUGCAAGAUAUUCAAUACAAUGAUGAUUUUGCCAACGCACUCAGCUCAGGGAUAGGAGGCUGGCAAGGCCGCAAUUGGGACCCCGCCGUCAAUGACCCUUCUUUCUCGCAGUAUUGCGGCAACAUCACAGCCAACAGCACCCUCCAACCGGUCCCAGCAAACCUAACAAGCACAGUCAAGCAACUAGUGGCAGCAGGCGGCUACGCUCCUCAAUCUGCAACCCUCACGACGCAAAUGCUUAAUUUUAUCAGUUACGUUAACACGACCCUCGUCCAGCCCUGCAUUGCUGGGGGGCAGACAACGAAUGAAUGCUAUACAACACACAAUGCCUCCUUCUACGCCUUGGACGAUAUCACUCAGACAUGGAGAAGCUGGCCGUAUCAAUAUUGCAGCCAGUGGGGAUUCCUCCAAACAGGCUCUGGCGUCCCCAAGGAUCAACUCCCUCUCAUCUCACGUACCAUCACCCUACAGUAUGAGUCCAUCAUCUGCCGUGACGCUUUCAACAUCACCACUCCAUCCGACACGGCUAUCAUCAAUGCGUAUGGUGGGUAUAACAUUAGCUAUGACAGAUUAGCCUUCAUCGAUGGGGAAGAUGAUCCCUGGAGAGGCGCGACGCCCCACGCGCCUGAAGCAAAGCCUAGGACGAGUACGACUGAUGAGCCAUUUAUACUGAUCGAGGGAGCCGUGCACCAUUGGGAUGAGAAUGGGUUGUUUCCCAACGAGACAACAGCGACCUUGCCGCCGGCUCCGGUAGCGGACACACAAAUGGAUGAGGCUACCUUUGUCAAGGCUUGGAUGGCGGAAUGGAAGGCGGGGAAGCGAUGA